AUGUUGUCUAGGAAAACUACACCAUCUUCAAAUGGUAAAACUUUACCACUAUCAAGUCAAACAGAUUCACAAGUCCAAGAGCAAACCCCUCCGCCAGAUAACUUUUCAAGUAUGAAACCAUGUUCACACAUUAAAUCAGUCCUUGAAUCUAAGGCAAAAGAAAAUGUAUUCAUUACGUAUAGACAAGCUGUCUAUAUUUCCCAGUCUAUAUCGAAGGAUAAUAUAUACACUCAGAAGAAGGAUGGUGCAGUAGUCUCAAAUAACAAACUAGUCGAGUUGAAGUCUAAGUCUUUGAGAUGCACAGAAUGUUCACUAAAUAAUUUCCAUCAUAAUUUCAUUUGUUUACAGUGUCCUCAUGUGGGAUGCUGUAGUCAUCAUAAUCAUGCUCAUGUUCACUACAAAAUGAACCAACAUUUAUUUGCUAUUGAUUCGCAUAAUGGGUUGCUCUACUGCUUUCUGUGUGGCGAUUAUAUUAAUGACCUAGAGUUGGAAAAAAUCCGAAUUGGCAUGUUGACGGGUUCAAGUUCUACAUUAUUUGAUGAGGAAAAUAUCGACGACAAUUAUAAUAAUCCUACUGUCAAAGCUGUUAGUGGUCUAAAGGGUUUUAUCAACCUUGGGUCUACCUGUUUUAUGAGUUGCAUAUUGCAAACAUUAAUUCAUAACCCAAUCAUCAAGUAUCAAUUUUUUAAUAAUGAUUUGCAUUAUUUUAAUUGUGAACAUAAUUAUGAUUACAGCACCAAUGGUGUCAUCACUGAACAGAAUGCAUGUAUUACUUGUAGCAUUGAUAAUAUUUUCAAAAAUUUUUUUACUUCAGAUGAUACAGAAGGAUUCGGAAUGACUAACUUGUUAAUGACAUCGUGGUUCAAGAAGAAAUCGCUAGCAGGAUCACAAGAACAGGACGCUCAUGAAUUUUGGCAAUUUCUACUAAAUGAAUUCCACCAAGAUUACCUUAGAGUGUCAAACAAAAAAUUUGAUCAUGAUCAUUGCAAAUGUAUAACUCAUACAACAUUUUCUGGACAAUUGGAAAGUUCGAUAAUAUGUGCUGAAUGCAAUUCCACAACAAGGACGACAGAUCCUAUGAUUGACUUGUCUUUGGAAAUUGACCAUAUGAAAAGGAGCGACCAUCUCCUUAAUCUAUAUGACUGCCUUGAUUUAUUUACAAAAGAAGAGAAGCUAGAUGUGAUGUAUAAGUGCCAACAUUGUGAUAAUCGAUCAAGAGCCAAAAAGUCUUUAAGGAUCAAGAAGAUUCCACCUGUUCUCUCAAUUCAACUAAAGAGAUUCAAACAUAAUUUGCAUAAUGAUACGUUUUCUAAAAUUGAAAUUCCAAUAGAUAUCCCUCUAUUUUUGAAUAUCACCAAAUAUACUUCGGCCUCAAUGUCACCAGAACUCGAUGGUGAUAAAAUAUUUGAAUUGUUUGCAUUAGUUUGCCAUAUCGGGUCUGUCAAUACAGGUCACUAUAUAGUAAUCAUUAAAAACGGCAAUGGCCAAUGGCUUAAAUUUGAUGAUAGUGUCAUUUCAUUAAUAUCUCAAGAAGAAGUUGUAAAAGCCAAUGCCUAUCUAUUAUUUUACAUAACUCAUAAGAUUUAA